AUCAGGUUACAUAGCAUCAUUUCCAUCAUGGAUUACUUACAGAGCGCGGUAAAACUUAUUCCAGCGUGGCUGACUCUUGAUUUUGUCAUCACUGUUUACAAAGUUUGUGCGUUUGUUACUGCUUAUUGUAUGGUACAGAAUAGCAAGAUCAAACGUGACUUCCGGUUGCAGAAGAAGCCCAAGCGAGAACUUACUGCAGAUGAAGAACAGCGAAUGAUUGAGAAGUUUGAAAGAGGAGAUGCUGAAGGAGUACAGUUUGUCACAGAAGCAUUUUAUGACCAUUUAGAAGCAAAGGAGGAGGAGUUUAUUACACGGGAUAUAUUUCUUCUCUCGGACAACAACUGGUACACAUGGGAAGAUUUGAUCGCACAGGAUUCAUUUCCUCACUCAGACAACAACUGCUGUAAAUGGGAUUUAUGUGAUUGCUGUCGCCAAGAGAUUUACACAUCAACCAUGUCAUCUAGUAAGACUGUUGAAAGUUAUGUUGCUGAAAUCAUCACUAAGAUAAAGGAUGCAGAUUAUCCAUACUUAGACACCUUUUACGAUACAUUACAGAAAAUGAGGUCUAGUGGUAAACAAAAACAUGAAGAUAAUUACUGGAAAGUUUUACAAUGUUUGGGUGAGACUGGCUCAGACAUGAUCAUAAGGUCCUUAUUUCUUUGUGAACGAGCAUCGUGUAAAUGUCAUAUCAAUCGUAACCUCUAUGUCCUGAUGCAACUGUUUGUAGAAAUGCAAAGUUCAGUCGCUGUUAUCAAACAUAUCAAUCUAUAUAAAGACAAAGUGGUGUCUGUGUUAUUUAAAGCAGUACGACAGAGGGAAAUUCCAGAACUCUCUCGUAAAGGGUUUGUCAGUUUGUACCGGUGUCUUCUUGUAGGAAAGUUUAGUAUGGUUGAAUUAUACCUCCGCCAUAACAUUUUCAGAGACAUUCAAGAACACAUCAAAUGUAGAUUGCAGUUUUACAGCAUACCUAGUAUGGAGGCGAUUCAGUACUGUGCAAAGAUUCUUCAUGUAAUGGCAUUGCUGGGAGGAACUAACACUCAACGUAGGAUCAAAUCCAGUCAGGCACUUAAACUUUUAAUGGAAUAUGCCAAGAACUUCAAUCCAAACCAUCCUCAGAUGGAGAAAAAUUAUAUCUGGUGCUACCAUAAAGAGGAACUAUUCCUUCAUUUCAACUCCCUGAUUGAAAUUCUGUUUGAGGAAUCCCAGGAGAAUCUUAAAGACAGUUGGCAUCCCAAAGACAAACUGAGUGAAGAUUUAUCAGAUGAAGCUAGUUAUUUCUGUUCCUGUCCUAGUUGUAGAAAGCAGUGUUGUGACAAAGACAAGUUUCUAUAUUGUGGUGCUUGUAAACUAUCCAGAUACUGUAGUGAGAAAUGUCAGAAGGAACAUUGGAAAAAUGGUCAUAAAUCAACAUGCCUCAGUGAUCACUUACAGGAAAAGGACUUCAAAUCAGUUUAAAACUUGUCAUACAAAGUAACGUGUACACGCUUGUUUCCAACAGGAGAGGGUUUUUGUAUACAUACCUCAAUGCUCUGAUUGAUGAUGUCUACAUAAAGACAUUUUCUAUGACUUCAUGUACAUUUUGUACUUGUUUAUUUCAAGCUUUUAAUUUGCUUCUGUUCAAACAAUCCACAAACCAUAAAAGAUUUCCAUGAUGCAAACUUGUAUAAAAGUUAAUUAAGUGAGCCAUUUUAUUUGAAUGUGAUUUUUAUACACGUAUGUAAAUGUGUCACAAAUUUAAAACCUUUUUAAUUACCAUUUCAGUCUGUUUUUAUUGAGAAAAAUCACCUUUUUUGGGGGCAUUUACCACUGUUUACAUGUUCAAUAUCUUCUACUAUGUCUGUAUAAAUACAUAUACAUGUACAAAUGUACAAUAACAUGGGUAUGGAAUUUACUUUAA